AUGUCGGCAACAGAAGCAGAUGGUGUGGCAAAUGCGUUGUCACCAGCAGUUACUCCACUCCCACAACAGGGUGGAUCGCAUCAAAGAUUGGCACAAAGGCGAGCAGAGCAUCACCAGCAACAACACACAGAAAAAGGAAGUAACCAACUUCCGUCAAACAGUCUUUCACAACCGACUAGCAACAUGUCAACUACGCCUCCGUUAUCAGAUCCCAAAAUUUCCCUUCCACCAGAAGAACUGAAGAACAAAUUUGAUGCGAUAGAUUCGCCACCGAUCCACCCUUCAGCCAAAGCUCGGUCUAAGACGUCGUCAGAGUAUGACCCAUUUUCCGGAUUAUCUUUCAAAGUGGGCGUAGCUGAAAACAAGAAUUCAACAUAUAGGUCAAAAAUGGAAGAUGUUCACACGUAUAUCGCAAACUUUGCCGAGCGAGUUGACUGGGGAUACUUUGCUAUUUUUGAUGGCCAUGCAGGCAAAGAGAGUGCUCGUUGGUGUGGAAACAAUUUGCAUUCCUUGCUUGAGCAAGAGAUUGAUUUGGAAUUACAGGAUCAAAACAAUGCCCUUCAAGCAACUAGUAAUUCAGAGGCAAUUGCUGGCGAUUCAAAGCUGGCUCCAGAUGUGCUGAAUCGCUCUGUGGGAAACCUGAAUACGUCAAACUCAACUGGCUCCGCUUCAAGUAUACCGUUGAAAGGCAGAGUGGACAUGAAAGACCAUUUGUACAAAAGCUUUGUUAAGGCCGAUGAAAUGAUUGAAAAGAAUGGCCAGGGAGCAUCUGGAUGUACAGCAGCAGUAGCAGUUCUUCGUUGGGAGAGUGAAACAGAGGAUGAUUGUAUGGUGGAUGCUACCAAUACUGGGAAACAAAACAGCAACGAUGCAAAGACGUUUGACUUUGUGCCCACCAAAAACCACAAGAGAAUGCUUUACACCUCAAAUGUGGGUGACUCCAGAAUAAUAUUGAGCCGAAAUGGCAAGGCCUAUAGGCUAUCAUAUGACCACAAAGCGUCAGAUAAAAAUGAGAUCGACAGAGUUGAAAAUUCAGGCGGAUUGAUUUUGAAAAAUCGGGUGAAUGGGGUGCUAGCUGUGACUAGAUCGUUGGGCGACUCUUAUAUGAAAGACUUGGUCUUAGGAAAGCCAUUCACUACAUCGACACAAAUAAUUAGAGAUGAUGAAUUUAUGAUUAUUGCAUGUGAUGGGGUGUGGGAUGUAAUUAGUGAUACUAAAGCUUGCAAAAUAAUUGCUGAAUGUUUCAAGAAUGGGUUGGACGCACAAGAGGCAUCCAAGAAGUUGUGUCAAUUGGCAAUCGAUGCUUCGACUACUGAUAACGUAACAGUUAUGGUUGUUCAGUUUGACCAAUCCGUUUUCGAUCAAUGA